AUAACAACUCCAAGAAAAUAACUUCAUAAAACAUUUUGAACAUAAUGGCCCUAUAGACAAAGUACAAUUCUCUUCCUUCUUCUUCAACCAACCAAAUUAAGAACAAAAAAAAUGAAGUCUCCUCUUUCUUCUUCAUCUUCCUCACUUCUCAUUAGAAAAGCUCGUCUCUCUCCAUAUCUAUUCACUCUAUUAGCUUUCAUUGUCUUUGUCUCCAUCCUUUAUGGAGAAGAUUUCAUGUGUUUGCUAGGCCAACUCGACCCUGACUCAGACCGGCUAUUAACAAGAACAGAGAAGAAGUGGGAGAAGCUACCAUUUGCUAUAGGGAAGACACCAGAAGGGUGUGAUUUGUUUAGUGGAAGGUGGGUGAAAGAUGAGUCGACUCGGCCGCUUUAUGAAGAAUGGGAAUGUCCUUACAUUCAGCCACAGUUGACAUGUCAAGAACAUGGCAGGCCUGAUAAGGAUUACCAGUACUGGAGAUGGCAACCCCAUGGAUGUGAUCUUCCAAGUUUCAAUGCCACAUUGAUGCUCGAGACCCUUAGAGGAAAAAGAAUGAUGUUUGUUGGUGAUUCUUUGAACCGUGGGCAGUAUGUUUCCAUGGUCUGCCUUCUCCAUAGACUCAUUCCUGAAGAGGCCAAAUCCAUGGAGACCUUCGAUUCUUUGACAGUCUUCACAGCCAAGGACUACAAUGCUACGAUUGAGUUCUAUUGGGCACCAUUUCUUCUUGAAUCAAAUUCGGACAAUGCUGUUAUCCACAGAAUUUCUGACAGAAUUGUAAGGAAAGGUUCAAUUACCAAACAUGGCAAGAAUUGGAAAGGAGUUGAUAUUUUGGUUUUCAACACUUACCUAUGGUGGAUGACUGGCCUCAAGAUGAAGAUCCUGCAAGGUUCUUUUGAUGAUGAAGCAAAAGACAUUGUUGAGUUACCAACUGAAGAUGCUUACAGGAUGGCUAUGAAAAGCAUGAUAAGAUGGGUGAGAAAGAAUAUGAACCCUAAGAAAACAAGGGUCUUCUUCACCAGCAUGUCACCUUCUCAUGGAAAGAGCAUAGAUUGGGGAGGCGAACCGGAUAACAACUGUUACAAUGAAACAACUUUGAUCAAUAAUGCAACAUAUUGGGGUUCGGAUAGCCGGAAAAGUAUAAUGGAAGUGAUCGGAGAAGUGUUCAGGAAAUCAAAAUUCCCCAUAACAUUUCUGAACAUUACUCAAUUAUCAAAUUAUCGUAAAGAUGCACACACAUCAAUCUACAAGAAGCAAUGGAGUCCAUUGACUCCUGAGCAGUUAGCUAAUCCUGUUAGCUAUGCAGAUUGUGUUCAUUGGUGCAUGCCUGGCCUUCAGGAUACUUGGAAUGAGCUUCUAUUUGCCAAGCUAUUCUAUCCUUAAUUAGUAUAUAUAUAUAAAUAUAUUACAUGACUCAGAAAUGGUGCAUUAUUUAAUGCUCAGAUGGAUUUGUUGGAGUGGAGCAGCAGAGAAAGAGAAGUUGUCAACAGAAAGAAAGAAAAAAUUGAAAAAAAGGGGAAUAUCUUUGUACAAUUAUAGUCAUGGCCAGAAAACAAAUUGAAUUAAAUUUGUUUGUAAUGGCAAGAUGAGAGGUCCAUUUAUUGGGUACUUAAGAAAAUUAAUCAAAGCUUUAACAUGUUUUCUGGCCCUUAA